UAAAAGCUUUGGGAUUGCGAAAAUAUUGACAGUAACGAUUUGUGAUCGCCGCGAGUUAAAAGAGAAGUGCCUACCAUAAAUAUGAAGUGUUUUCUGGUCUUUCUUUUGUUAUUUGUGUUGUUGUGUGUGAAUGCCUAUGACUUUGAUGAUAGUGCUUUCAAUGAAUAUCUCUUCAAGGAGCUGCAGUCUCAUUACGAAGAAGACGAAGUCUCACAUAGAACACGCCGUGAGGCCACAGAUGCCAACGAGUGUUCUAAGCGUAAUUGGAAAAAGGAUAUGCAGUGUUGUAAGGGGGGUAAUGUGAACGGUGAUCAAUUGGAACUCUUUAAGAGCGUAAAGAAACAAUGCAUUGCCGAUUUGAAAGGCGAACCUGCUGAUGACGCAGUAGAUCCCUUCGAUUGUGAGAAGAUGCAACAAGUUAAAGAAAAAAUGAUUUGUAUAACCGAAUGCGUAGCGAAAAGUUUUAAAAGUCUCGAUGAGCAUGGCGAGCUGCAACGUGAGGCUAUUUUGGAGGGUUUGCGAGGACAAAUUGGUACGGUACAAUGGAAGCUCGAUGCGAUUGAAGGCUAUGUGGACACCUGCUUGGCUGAGGUGAAGGAGAAGCGUGAACAAAAACAAAAGGCGGGUGAAUUGAAGGAGGAGGGUUGUAGUCGUUCGCCGUUGGCUUUCCAUAGUUGUAUGUGGCGUCAGUUUUGGAAUGGUUGCCCGGCAGAUUUACGUGUCGACUCUCCAAAGUGCAACAAAUUGCGUGAACGCGUGGCCAAUGGUGAUACACGCUUCUUUGGGAAACACUUCCUUCACAAAUACUACCCUAAUCCACGCGAUGAGGAGUAAAAUGAUUAAAUGAAUACCUUUUUUAUUUCACAGUAAUUU